AUGUUCCCUUGGGGCGAUAGUGACUCUGAGCUCAUAGAGGUCCAAGGUCCACGCGCUGCCAUUGCCAAACCCAAAUCCUUCCAUGCGCACGGUGUUCAUUUUUGGGAGAUUGGUUCUGACAAGAGGUUGGCAGGUGCAAUCUUGCAUCACUGUCGGUCUGGCAUUGGGAAACUACGUGCAUGCACUGGAGGGGACCAAUUGGCGCUCUUCAAGAUAGGGAUCACACAUGACUACGAUUCCCGUUUUGAUCUUUACAGGUCACAUGGUUGGGAGAAAAUGCUUGUUCUUUUUUAUUCUUCAGAUUUGGGACAAGUGGAAAUGCUGGCCCCUGCAAAGCAUGUAGCGGCCAUUGCUGCUGCAUUUGCCAAGACCUCGAGUGACGGAGCGCUCAGUGCUAUCGCAAGAUGUCCACAGAAUGAUGCUGAACGAGCCAUGCAAAAGGCACUCUGCAAAUUUGACUUAACCUUAGAUGCUCCUGUCACAUAUGUGAAUGUUGGAGAGCAGUGCUUGGUCCCGUGCUUGAAACCAACGGACUAUGUACGUACUCUCAAUGAACGUGGCUAUCUUCAUCGACUGAUUGGCUGCCCAAUAGAUUCUAGUGCUGGGGCCCUGUCAGAGUUCUGGGCUCGGCUCUCCAAAGCUGAACCUCAGUUGGAGGUUUGUCAAGACUUGGCGGAUGGCCUGGUGGAUCCACGAACAUUGAUACCAGUGUACAUACAUGGUGAUGGGGGCAGGACAUACAAACAUGACGAGCUGAUGAUUUUCCAGUUUCAACCAUGCAUGGGGCAUGGAACGAUGCAUUCCCGCCCAGUCAAGCCAAACUCAAUUGGUGUAUCUUUGAAAGGGCAUUCCUUCACCACCCGUUUCCUCUUUGGAGUGUUGCAAAAGGCAAUCUACUCGAAUGACCCGUCCACAUUUGAGCGAUUCUUGGAGCACAUGGCCUUGGAUCUCCAGUCUUUGUACCAUGUUGGGGUCAAACAUGAGAGGACCGGAGUUGUAUUCAAAUUCUGUGUGAUUGGGGUCAAGGGCGAUUUGCCCUUCCUAGCCAAAGCUGGCAACAUGAAUCGGACUUUUCUUCACAUCAGGAAGCGACCAUUUCUGCCGCACUCGCCGGAAGAUCCCCCAUCAUUCUUCAAGUUGGAUGUUCUUCACCUCUACCAUCUUGGUGUUGGCCGAGACUUUGGAGCAUCCAGCCUCGUGUACCUUAUGACCCUGUAUGAAGCUGAAAGUAUCCCCAAGGCUAUUGAGAAGCUCAACUCAGAUUUCAAAUCCUUUCUGCUUUCUAGCAAGAAGGUUGUGCACUUCAAGCAGAUCACAAAAGAUCUACUUGGCUACAUUUCUUCAAAAGCUUACCCGGUUGGGCAUUGGAACAAGGCAAUGGACACCCCUGUAGUUGUACAAUUCGCAGAGUGGCUUGUAGAAAAGUUUGGUGGUGAAUCCACCCCUGAUUUGCUGAUCCGGAGUGGUUGCAAAGCCAUUGGUGUCUGUAUGAGGACGAUGUUGUCUUCAGCUUUGUGGCUGGAUCGGUCAGAAGCAAAGAUCGUUGGGGAUGCAGCCCUGCAUUUUGCGCAGUGCUAUGGAAAGCUGGUACACUACUUUUCAAGGAAGGUCAGUGCUUGUACAAUUUGGUGCCAAAACUACAUCUUUGGCACCAUCUCGCACUAA